UUUUCAGUACAGAAACAUCAUCAAUGGGCUUUAAUGGACGGACCCUCUGAGUUUCAUGGCCCAAACAAUCGAUACAGUCCAGAACGUUGUCACCAUCAUCGGAACACCGCAGGUUGAGAGAGCUUUCGCAUUCAGAUUGACAACAACAACAAAAAUCUACGAUGCUACUUGUGCGAUCCCUCUGCCGUACCGCUGCGGCGGCCUCCGUCGCUACGCUCCGAUCAUUGAGAUCCGCCCCUCCAAAUCAGCUAUUGCGCAAUCGUUCCCUCCUCACGCGAGGAUUCUUCGCUGUUUCUUCAUUUCCUUCAAAUCGAACUCCUUACGAUUGUCGGUAUCCUCGGGCAAUUGGCAUAGGAAGUGUGCGCAACUUUAGCGAAGAUGUGUCUCACAUGCCUGAACUCAAAGACAGUGAUGUUCUUAAUGCUUUCAAAGGUUUGAUGGCUACAGACUGGUCAGCGCUGCCUUCUGCUGUUGUUAACGAGGCGAAAAAGGCAGUCUCGAAAAACACAGACGACAAGGCAGGGCAAGAGGCCUUGACGAAUGUGUUCCGAGCAGCUGAAGCUGUUGAAGAAUUUGGUGGGAUUCUCAAUUCCCUAAAGAUGGAAAUCGACGAUAGCAUUGGGAUGAGUGGAGAGGAUGUGAAGAGCUUACCAGAAGAUAUAACCAAAGCGCUGCGUCUUGCUUAUCAUAGGUAUGCUACCUACCUAGAUGCGUUUGGACCUGAAGAAGUUUAUUUGAAGAAGAAGGUUGAGACGGAGUUGGGGACAAAGAUGAUCCACUUGAAGAUGAGAUGCAGCGGGCUUGGUUCAGAAUGGGGAAAGGUUACCGUUCUUGGAACAUCAGGACUCUCGGGGUCUUACGUGGAGCAAAGGGCUUAAAACGGACAGAGAAGAAUCUUAAAUAAUGUUUGUUAUUUGCGUUAUUGUGUCUUCAACACAUAAUAAGGUCAAUAACUGACCAAAGACAUAUAAGGUGAGUUUUUGUUCAUUGUCGCUGCCUCGAAAAAUUUUAAACAAGCUUUUGUGUUCUGUUUUAUUACAUUAGAGUUUCUUUACUGCUUGUGAUUCAACAUUUUUCAAAUAAAAGAAUUGGGGCAACUCUA